CCGCCCACUUUUUUUCCUGGAUUCAAGGCAAUGUUGCCUCAAAACAAGGACCAGGUGCUGCUACAGAACACAGUACCCCCAGGGUGUCCCCCUCAGGUCCUCUCACAGUUUGCUGACUCCCCUCCAUCUAACUUAGCAUCUCUCUCCCCCCAUCAGUCCCUCCCUCCUCCCCACCUACCUUUGCCUUCUCACAGGCCAGCCUAUUUUUCCUUCUCUUCUCCGCCACAGCCCCACUCUCCUGGGCCUCACUUCAACUCAAAGUCUGACUGUGUUUCCCUCCCAUUCUCUUCCUCCCUCCCGAGUUCCCCCACUUUCUUUCACCAGAACUACCCUCGUCUUCCUUCACGACACUCAUCUCCUCCCCUCAACUACCAGCUGGGCGCCUCCCCUCCUCUUUCCCAUCACUCUUCUCUUUCCCAGGUACAAAAUUCCUCUCCUCACUCUUGCCAGUCUCCUCCCCACCUACAGGGCAUCCAUAGUUCCACAGCCACGUCCCCCAGCCCCAGCCCCACUUCUGGAGGGAUUUCCAGUAACAAACAAACAUGGCAGUGUCCUCAAUCCAAAAACACCAGGUCCCUUGGGGUGGCAGGGGGAUGCAAGGCAAGCAAGGUGGACCCUGCAGAGUUCAAGGACCCAGUGGCCCUCGCCCAAGCCCUAGCCGACCGUGUGGGGCGCCGCAGAAUUGCAACAGAUCUCCAGCUACUGUUUCUGCGGCGCAUGUGUCUCGGCACAUCCACACCCGGCCAGGCCCCAGUCGUGGAGUAUCCCAUUUGUCUACAGUGCCUCCAGUCCCGCACCCGGUCUUGCCCCACCCCCAAGGACAAGAUGGGGGCAAGGCUUCUUGCCUUCCCUCAACUACUGCCCUGUGCUCAGGGCCAGGAGUCUGGGCCUCUCCGCAUAGGUAUUGGCUUCGGCCUCCACUUGUCUCGCGGCCAGGCCAAAGCCUUGCAUUUGCUACCACCAAAAAAACGGCAGGAAGCAAGUCCUCAAGGAGAGGUCGUCCUGAGGCAACCGCCUACAACCCAGACCCCAGAAGCUCAAGUUAUGGACACACUCUCCCAGGCCGGGCCCCUCAAGUUUGCAGGCCUCCAAUCACUAAAAUCCAGCCAAUGUUCCGUGCCUCCAGCUCAGGCACCAAGAUGGGUCACUGCCUCCCUAAGGCCCAGAUUGUCUACAGCCCCAAAGAGGUUGGCGACUCCAAAAUCUAUUCUCCAAAAGUUACCACCUUAA